AUGGUCCGAUACGGUCCCCAGGACAGAAUUCCAUCUGCCAAAUCGGCAAAGAGCCGUGGCUCAUACCUUCGAGUCUCAUUCAAGAACACCCGAGAAACUGCACAGGCAAUCAACGGCUGGAAGUUGGAUCGCGCUCUGAAGUACCUUGAGAAUGUACAGGAAUUGAAGGAGGCUAUCCCAAUGAGAAGAUAUGCUGGAAGCACUGGACGAACUGCACAAGGCAAGGCCUUUGGCGUUUCCAAAGCCAGACAUCCAGUCAAGUCCGCCGAGUUCCUGAUCGGUCUCCUGAAGAAUGCCGAAGCCAACGCCGACGCCAAAGGUCUGAACACAGAAAGCUUGAUCGUCAAGCACAUCCAGGUCAACCAAGCACCAAAGCAGCGACGACGAACAUACCGAGCUCACGGUCGAAUUAACCCCUACAUGAGCAACCCAUGCCACAUCGAGUUGAUCUUGACCGAGGGUGAGGAGGCAGUCAGCAAGGCAGAGGAGACUCAGGUAUCGAAGAAGCUCAACUCGAGACAGCGAGGUGCUGAGAGAAGACGAUUGAUUACCUCUUCAUAG